AUGGAAAAUCAAGAAGAGAAAACUGUAAAAGGAGUGGGAAGAGUCAACCGGGAAGGCCGCCACAUCCCGUGUAAAUACUGCAGCUCGAUCCGUGAUAAAUGGGACAUUAUGAAAUGUGUGUUGGAAAGUGAGCUUCCCAGAUGGUACUUAAUGUGCAUUCCAAAACAAUCAAUUUGGUUAAAAAUAGAACCUCGAUCUGGUAAAUGUGAUUAUACAAUUCGGAUAUGUGUACUGAUCAACUUUGAAAGGAUGAGACUAAUUUUUACUGUGGACGAUGUUGUCCCAAACUUUGAAACUAAUAACCAAAUGGUUUAUGUUUUCGACUACGCGCCAAACCUAAUUACAAACAGAAAAAGUUCCAAGAGAAAAGAAAGUGGUUAA